AUGGCGCCGCCUUCAAAACGUAGUCGAAAAGAUGAUCAAGAGGUAUCUGAAUAAUCAACAAAAUUGUUUUCAAAAAAAGUUUUUUUCAGAUAAACUUUUAUUCGAAUCCUGUUAUAAUUCCAAAUGUCGAAUUAAAAUGGAAAGUCUCGGACUGUUCUUUUGGCUUGAAAUACAGCGAUAUCUUGACAUUCGAACAUCUGAAAUGGUCAGUUUUGUUUUUUUUUUGAAGGGAAUACCGCGGUCUCACCGAAUAUAAACAGUUGCUGUAAAAUACUAGGAUUUUCUAUAUCUUGAUUGUGCCAAAGUUACAGAAAAUGUUUAUUUGGUGAGUCCGCAAACUUCCCUUUUACGUGUUUUUGAAUUGAGACAUCUAGAAUGUUUGCAGGAAAAUGGGUAUUCAGAAAUAUCAAAAUGCGCAUGGUAACUUAGGCCCGAACAUGUCCGGUUAUCAUUUUUAUCUCCAAUAUUUACCAAAUGUCGAAAACGAAAAAGCAUGGAUGUGUCAAGUGAAUGGAAAAUAUAGCAUCGUUGAUUGUAAAGACAGAAAUAUCAAACACACAUUUGAUAUUUCUUCAUCGAAUAUGUUAUUUGGAAAUUGCCCACAUAAAACAAUAACCACAGCGUUAAACAACAAAUGUGUUACAUUGGAACAAUUGCCAGUUUUGGAUAUUUAUUUCAUGGAAAUCGAAAUGAAAUUUGAUGUGGUUUUUUAUGAUUUCAAUACUUCUUUUCAAAAUUACACCAAUAUUGUUUUGAGUAUUCCUGAUCACACUGCAUUUCAUUUCAACAGAGAGGUUUGUUCUAUCAGUUUUAUUCCAAGUAUCGAAAAUUAUAGUUAAAUAAAUGAUUGGUAGAAUAUUUAGGAAUGGGACCCUAGUUGGUAGUUCCAACCAGGUUCAGAACCUCCUUGGUUCUUCGGACAUAAAUUCCCCGACCUAAAUCAAUCUUUCUGGUGGCUUUUAUAGUUUAGUUAGAUCGAAAACGGUGCCUCUCGAUAUUAAAUCGAGGCCACAUUAUUUUAUAUUAAAAAGUUCAACAUAGAAAAGAAACAAUUUUGUUUGUUACAAACCGGAAGAACGAAGUUCAAUGUGAGAUAAAACGUUUUUAGGAUUACGGUAUUUUCAAUACCUUUACACCUUACCCCUUUUAAUUAGGACCGUCCUCGGUCCGAUAAAAAAUACUAAUAUAUACUAUUCUUGAUUCCCAUAUUGUUUUCCGAUGGUUAUCAUUAUAAUGAGUAAAGACGUUACCACCCGAAGUGAUGCUUGCGCAUCCCUCGGUAAAGGUGGUGCCUUGUGACUGAAUUUUUGAAUUCAAAAUCAGAAUGACCCAUCGUUACGGCACUCUAAACAAUUUAAAUUUCCAUUAUUUUAUAACGAAGGAAUUCAAGAAAUUUCAAAAGACUUCAAAAAAAAAAUUAUAAUAGGACUUCUGAUGAAAAUUCUUAUGAAACUCUUCUUUAACCUUUGAGACUAGUGAUUGUCAUUGGCUUAGGUUUCCGUCAGAAUGGUUUAAAAUUCAGAUGAAUUGUCAAAACGGAAAGAGGAAAGAGCUCAUAUUGGCAUACAAAAUGGAUUUUGAACAGGCUUGACUUUUUAAUUGAAAAAAUUAUAUCGGAUUGCUUUGAAAACUGAUAUAGAAAAUAAGUGUCGAAACAAGACGAAGAAAAUUCAAUAAAUGUUGAGAUAGUUUACUGUGAUACAUUUGAGGUUGGAAAAACAAUCAAGUCGUCAGUCUCUGAUCUAGCAGAGCAAACAUCCUAUCUUGAUCGAUUGGGAAAAAAACAUUUCCGUGAAUUUAGACAAAAUUUCAAAUUUUUUUGUCGAAUCUUCAGUCCAAAUUUCUGAGCAGCAGAGGAAAGAUAGAUAAUUGAUAGAAAAUAAGUAGCAGAAGAAAAAUUUCAAAAGAUUCAAGAAAUAACGAAAUUAUAGAUGCGCAACAUAGAAAAAAUAGGAAGCGUGCAUGAACAUGAUUUUUAGAAAAUAACCCAGAUUAUUAGAAAAACAUUUGGUGGAUCGAAAUGUAGGAUUGAAAACUUUGCUUGAAAAAAAUAGAAACUAAAUUUUGAAACCCUCCAAACAAUAUUUGGGAGCUUUACUUCAGAUAUUUUGAUAGUCAACAAAAAUGACAAAUGAUCAGAAUAAGAAAAAAAACCUAACUACUUUUGCAAACAUUUUGACAACAACACAGAGAACUUUUGAAUAUUUGAUUGUUUGGCGCUCGGACCUCUUACGCAUAUAUGAAAAUUCUAGGUGAUAGUUUGUUUGGCCGAACAAACUAUUCUGAACUGCACUGCGCGAUAUCUUACUUCACCGGCCGGUCUUUCCUAGGUCGCGAGCCGUACGUACAUCACUGGGGACUUUCUCACUCUUUCUCUCUUGAACUCUCUCCGGGUGACGCGCGGGACGGGGUGCUGGGGGAAAAUACUACGGGGCCCUUCCUAAACUCACUUCAAUCCUCAAUCCAUCUUGCCUUUUGUGGCAAGAACCACUGCUGGUACCAAUAAAUGAUUGGUAGAAUAUUUAGGAAUGGGACCCUAGUUGGUAGUUCCAACCAGGUUCAGAACCUCCUUGGUUCUUCGGACAUAAAUUCCCCGACCUAAAUCAAUCUUUCUGGUGGCUUUUAUAGUUUAGUUAGAUCGAAAACGGUGCCUCUCGAUAUUAAAUCGAGGCCACAUUAUUUUAUAUUAAAAAGUUCAACAUAGAAAAGAAACAAUUUUGUUUGUUACAAACCGGAAGAACGAAGUUCAAUGUGAGAUAAAACGUUUUUAGGAUUACGGUAUUUUCAAUACCUUUACAGUUAUAUUUCAGGUUCUAAGCAGUCAUUCAAAAAAGUUGUAUAAACUUUUGAAUCAUGAGAAACCGACUAAACAAAUUAUUCCACUCGAAGAUAUUGAUUGCAAAAAAAUGUGUUUGUUGCUGGCAACAAUGUGUCCAAUACCAAUUCAGAUUGAUGGUAAAUAUGAAAUCUUUUAUUUAUUUAUAAUAAGCAUAUUUAUCUUUCAGAAAACAAUAAUUGUAUUUUAUCCGAAUUGGCUGAAAAUUUCGAUAUGCCAGCAUUGACUCUUAAAUGCAAAGAAUAUGCUAAAAAUCCGAAAAAUGUGAAAAAAAUAGAUGAUCAACGAGUCAAAGUUUGUUUUAAAAUAGAAGAUUUUUUGUAUUUAUAAACUUUUCAUAAUUUAUCUUCCAGGCGGAUUUUGUGCCAAAUCCGAUUUUUCGAAAUGAUGAAAGUUUGGAUUGGAUGAUUGAUAUAAAAGAAUGGGAUGGAAGUAUUCGAUAUAAUGUUCCGAUGUUGACUGAUGGAAUCGCAUGGUAUCUGUUUUUGGUUUUAGAUUAAGGAAGUGGGGCAAUACGAACAAUGAAUUCGCUAUUUACUUUGAAAUUUUUUCAGGAAACUUGGAGUUGCAAUCAAAGAUAAGUUUUUGAAAUUGGAACUAUCGAUUUCUUCACUUCCUUCGAAUGUUACAAAUGAUAAUUGGUUAUGUAAAUUCAAUGCUACUUUUCGAUUAACAAAUCCAAUCGACAAAACACAACAUGUCAAAAAAGUCGAACCAUCUUUAUGUUUAUCAAGUUCAAAUACAAAAUUGAAUAUCGAAAACUUUGUUCAUUGGGAUCCUUCUUCUCCCGAUUUUGUCAAAACUACACUUCUUAUGAUCAAAUUGAAUAUGGAUUAUCGGUUUUAUAAUUUUUCAUCAAAAACUUCGGAAAAUAUGAAUACAGAAAUCAAUAUUAAAGGAGGAUCCGUGUUUCAUUUUAGUAGAGAGGUUAGUUUUCAAAAAUUUGGAUGUUUUUCUUUGAGAUAGAAUAUUUUUCAUAGAUUCUAUGCAACAAUUCCGAAUUUUUCUACAAUAAAUUUUACAAAGAAGAACACAAUGGAUGUGGAAUUGUUAUUGAUUUGGAUACUCUUGGCUUGGAUUCAUAUUAUUUUUCACAAUUUUUGGCAACAAUGUGUCCAGUUGAAUUAGCUAUUUCAGGUUUGUGUUAUUUUUUUUGAAAAAAAAUAAUGUGGUAUUGUAUUUAUUCAGAAGGAAAUUAUAAUCGAUUGAUGGGUUACGCAUUUCAUUUGAAAGUGCCCAGUUUGAUGUCGAAAUGUGAGAUUUUCUUGAUGAAUUAUGCUGGAACUCAUAUUGGAACAAAAAUCGCAUUGGCUGAAACAUAUGACAGUGAAAAAUUGAUGGUAAGUUGUGGUAUUUUUUUAAAUAAAGAACUGGGGAUCCUCAAAAAGCGCAAAAUUUUUUUGGUUGCCUUCCAUUUUUAAAAUUUAUUUAGAAAUCAUGUCUGGAAUCCUUCAAAUCAUCGGCUUCUCUCAAAAAGUUUGUAAAUUCUCCGAGAUUUGAAAACCUCAACGAUUCAACAAAACUUCGAAUUUACAGAUGUUUUGUCAGUCUUUCAUAA